CUGCCUUCCCCUCGAAUCCAUCCAUCCCCUUUGGCCCGCCCAAAUCCCAUAAAUAAAUAUCCCGUUCCCCCUGCGACGAUCGAUCGAUUCAUCUGUGCACACCUCCCUCGUCCUGCGAAAUUUGUUUGGGUCUUCCUUGGCUUUCUUUGUUUUCCGGUUGUUGGAGGUCCAAAUCCUUUUGCGCGUUCGUAUUCUCUGAACCUCGACGGAUCUGCUUCCUUGUUCCUACCCCGGAUCGCGUCCAUCUCCCUCUCUCCGCACUCUGCGGCCGGGGAGAUCUCGUGUAGCUUCGGGCGAAUCCAUUCUUUCUUGGGAGUUUCUUUCUGCAGCCGAGGAAGAAUCAGAUGGGUGAUGUGUCACUGCAUCCACCGGUUAAGGCAGAGCCAGCGACCCACGCCAUUGCCCAGGCUAAUGAGAUUACAAACUUGAUGAUGUCGCCGGGCUGGACAGAUGAGAGGCACACGCUGUAUAUAAGCUCCAUGGAAUCUUCUUUCAUGGAUCAGCUCUACAAACGCGGGCGUGAUGCGAACCAGAACGAUUCAAGUGCCAACGGGUUCAAGGUUCUCCGCGGUGGAGUGUGGGAGAAACUCAAUUUCGAGAGAACUAACGCGCGUGCUCCAGUCACGGCCAAAUGCCGCCUUCCUGCAAACCCGUGGAUUCAGCGUUUCAGACCGCGUGACUGCAGCAGCAAUACAAGAGGCGAUGAGGCUGAAACUGUAGUGGGUGAUCAUGAGUCGGGUAUCCGCACUGUCCGUGGGAGUACUCCGCUGUCACAUGGAAGGGAAUUGGGAGCUUGCCAGGGAGAAAACCUACUCGAUGAAAAUACAGAGGUGUCUGGUCAGAACUUCUCUGACGAUGAAGCAGAAGUUGAUGCAGAAUCAAGCCAAUUAUGCAAGAAAAGGAGAUUAAGCAGCACUUCCACUUACUGUGCCCCAUUGAUCAAGUGAAUUCACAUGAUUAAUUAUAGAUAGUCUGUUGCAAGUGUGGAGAUGAAAAGCAAAACACUGAAUGACUCAAAAGAGGUUGUUUGUUAGCUCAAAAUCUGUUGGAACUUGGAAGGAAGGAUGCUCUGAAGUAAAGCAUGGAAGAGUAUUUCUUGGUUAAGGUACUGUGAGCAAUAGAGGAGUUAGUGUUGGCGAUUUAACAUAUUUGAUUCUUCUGGCCAUGUAUCUGCCUAUUUUGCAGUGUUUGUGAGUUGUGUAGUCCACUCUAGUGUCUCGAAGAAACAACAAGCAAGCUUACUAACAACUUAGUAGUAGUAGAUAAUAUCGUUUCAUUUUAUGGAUGUAGUGAUUUUUGUUGUUGCUGUAUGUUAUGGCUACUGCUGGCCACAAGAUGAGAUUGGUCCUAAAUUGUUCCUUUUUGCAACACUUGCAUUGUUGUAAAACACAUGUUGUUUCUUUUGAUCCUUGUUUAGGAAGGUGUCAAGUCCGCAGUUUGUAUGACUCAAUUAGUAAAUGUCGCCACAAUGGUAGAAUACAUUAUUGACUA